CCUCUGACUCUGAUGUAACCUCUUUUUCAAUCUGUUUUUGUAUCAGUGCCUUCUCAGCUUGUCACUUCCACAACACCUACUUAUUUCACUUCGACAGUUUCUUUAGAGCCAGUCCCUUCCACAACAUCUACUAGUUCUGCUGAUUUUACUGAUUCUUUACUAGUCACUUCCACAACAUCAACUAAUUCUGAUACAGAGCUACUCACUACCACAACGUCAACUAAUUCAUCUGCAAAUUCUACAGAUUAUUUACACAACGCCACUUUUAUAAUAUGUCACAGUCCCACUACUACAGUUCCUGUGCCUAAAACAGAUGUCCACUCCAAAACAGAUACCAUGUCCAUUACUACAGUUUCUUUAAUACUCUUCACUACUAAAACAUCAUCUAGUUCUUUAUCUAAAGUUUCUUCACACAUGGUCACUUCCGCAACAUCUACCAGCUCUGCUACUACAGUUCUUUUACAUCCAGUCACUUCCACAACAUCUACCAGCUCUACUACUACAGUUCAUUUACCAGCCAUCACUUCCACAACAUCAGCUACUUCUACAGCUCCUUUACAUCCAGUCACUUCCGCAACAUCUACCAGCUCUGCUACUACAGUUCAUUUGCCAGCCGUCACUUCCACAACAUCAGCUACUUCUACAGCUCCUUUACAUCUGGUCACUUCCGCAACAUCUACAAGCUCUGCUACUACAGUUCAUUUACCAGCCGUCACUUCCACAACAUCAGCUACUUCUACAGCUCCUUUACAUCCAGUCACUUCCGCAACAUCUACAAGCUCUACUACUACAGCAACAUCAGCUACUUCUACAGUUCCUUUACAUCCGGUCACUUCCGCAACAUCUACUAGCUCUGCUACUACAGUUAGUUUAUCAUCAGUCACUUCCACAACGUUCGCUAGUUCUGCAGUGCUGGAAGAAUCCAGGGCUGCAGAACAAUGGCAAAGUCUUCUUGGACAGAUAGAAAACAUUACAGCUCAAGUGCUUCCUUUGACAGACGUGAAAAUCAUUUUGGAUACGGUCCUCAAUACUACAGGGAUGGUUGUAAGGUCAUCAUCAUCAGCAGAAGACCCAAAUAAACUGGUGUCAGAUGGAAACCGUGUGUUAAAUGCAGGCCAGAAACUGGUGUCCAUGCUGGUGAAGCCCACGAACACAAGUGACUAUAUUAGCUUUACUCUGGACACUGUGGAGGUAGAAGUCUUCAUGGUGGGACCACAGGUGACUUUAGAUAAAAUCCCUCGACUGGAUACAGCAAGUUCUUCGAUGGAUAUCGAUCUCAUAGACAUCGCCAAGAACAACAAUGAAACAAGAUCUGCUGCUGUGGCUUUCAUGAGCUUCACCACAAUGGAGAAUCUACUGAAGGCCGACUUCUUCAACACAACUAAUGACACCAUUAAAACCAUGAUGUCCACUGUGAUCUCAGCUACUCUUCCCAAAACCAGCAACACUGCACUCACCAAAGCAGUCAACUUCACCUUCAGACACAUCAGAGAGUUUGACCCCAACGGUUCUCUGUCCUGUGUGUACUGGAAUAUCAGCGAGUGGAUUGUAGAUGGUUGUUCUGUGUUAAACAGCAACAGCAGCCACACUGUGUGUUCCUGUGUUCAUCUGUCCACAUUCGCUCUCAUCAUGCAGACCAGCAGCAGUCCACCACCGAGCGAUCUGCUGGAUCUGCUGAAUCUGGUGUGUGUGAUCGUGGGUCUGGUGUUCUUCAGUUUGGCUCUGUUGUCCUUUGCUCUUUGUCAGUGGAGUCCUGGAGUCAAUAAUGUGGCUCGAAUCAACAUCUGCAUCAGUCUGCUGUCGGCUCACCUUCUGUUUCUGCUCACACAACAGUUCCUGAGCCUCAUUCGCCCUCAGCAGGUGUUGUGUGUGGUGAUAGCAGCCCUUCUGCACUUCCUCUUCCUCUCCGCCUUUGUGUGGAUGUUCGUUGAAGCUGUGCUGCUCUUCAUCUGUGUCAAGAACCUAUCACAGAUCAGCUCCAGAAAGUGGGAGGGGCUCAGCGGUGGGUUCCUGUGUGUGAUUGGAUAUGUGGUAGCUCUGGUUGUGGUGGGCGUGUCUAUCAUAACCGAUCCUAGAGGCUACAGCAGUGCACAAUGUUGGAUUAAAUACGAUAAAGGGUUUAUCUGGAGUUUUCUGGGUCCUGUUUGUGUCAUACUAGCAUUAAACAUGAUUCUCUUCAUUAAAAUCGUCAUCACUCUGAACUCAGCCCUUAAAAAUCUAAAUGCUGAAGUUUCACAGAUGAAGCAAACCAAGGUUAUGGUGUUUAAAACACUGGGUCAGUUUGUGGUUCUUGGUUGUCCUUGGAUUCUGGGUUUCUUCACUAAUGUCAAUAUGGUGAUAUACAUCCUCUUCAUCAUCUUGAACUCUCAGCAGGGAACCUUCAUCUUCCUGAUCUACUGUGUGCUCAAUAAUGAGAUCAGGCAGCAGUACAGAAAGUGCUUCACAUCUCUGUGCUCUGGACGCAAACAACAGGACUACAGCAUCUAUGAGAAAUGAACAGCUAAUACAGUACAAUUCAUUCAUUUUCCUUCGGCAUAGUCCCUUAUUUAUCAAAGGUCGCCACAGCGGAAUGAACCGCCAACUAUUCCAGCAUAUGUUUCAUGCAGCGGAUGCCCUUCCAGCUACAACCCAGUAAUGGAAAACACCCAUACACACUCAAGCAGCUUUACAAAAUGUGCACAUUAUUACAUGACAAUCAAAAUAAUCUGAAAGGGUUAGGGUGUGAGUGCUUUGAAUGCUUCAGACUGACAGUCUCAGAUUUCACAUAUUAAUAUUGCACUAAAAAUGCUGGGUUUGUCAUAACCCAACGAUGGGUCAAAUCAAAAAAAGACAUUGGCACAUUCAUUCACUUAUUUUCUUUUCGGCUUGGUACCUUUAUUAAUAGGGUCGCCACAGCUAAAGCAAUCACCAACAUAUUCAGCACAUUUUAAGCAGCGGAUGCCCUUCCAGCCACAACCCAACAUCAAUACACUAUUGCACACACUCGAACACUACGGCCAAUUAAGCUUAUUCAAUUCCCCUACACCACGUUUUUGGACUGUGGCGGAAACUGGAGCACACGGAGGAAACCCACACCAACAUGGAGAGAACAUGCAAACUCCACACAGAAAUGCCAACUGACCCAACCGGGGCUCAAACCAGCGACCUGUGAGGUGAUUGUGCUUAACACUGUACCCAAUGUUAUGGCAAACCCAGUAUGUUUUAAAGUCUAGCAGUUAGCAUAAUGUUAAUAACUUUAUUCAGGUGAUAAAUUUUGAUAGAUUAUCUUUCUUUUAUGGUUUAUACUUAAUUGUGAUCUUGUGUUAUUGUUUUGCGCCUAUCCUUGCUUGUAUUUUGGAAAGAAAAAGUAAAUUGAGCUUUUAGUUAAUUGUUUCUGUUCUCAAACAAGAAUAUUUAGUGCGAUGAUGACGGUUGAAGAUGAAUUAUUAUGUUAAUAUUCAAAUGAAUCAUCUUUUAAUAUUUCCUUUGAUGUCAUUAAACAGUACAGGAUGUUGUAUGAUACACAGUUGCAUGAGAAAUAUGAUAACAAAUGUAUGACGAUAAUAAUAAUAAUAAUAUAAUAAUAAUAAUAAUAAUAAUAAUAAUAAUAUAUUAUUUAUACCAAUAAACCAAUAAAAUCUCUGUUUUUGAA